GGUGAGUGUAGACUGAAGCUCUACUUUAAGAGGGCUGAGAAGAAUCUUCCAACUACACUGGAGAUUAACCUGCACAGCAGUGAGGUGAAAUGGCUCAAUAAUUUUUCAUUUUGACGCAAACUAUUCCUUUAACAGGCUCAUCUGAGCAGUGUGUGCAGACUCCAGAGGUGGGAGUUGGAGGUGUGUGUGUGUCGGGGCGGAGGGUCAGUGAAUGAAGGGAUAAACGGAGUUUGUUUUGGAUGGGGGACAGCCGGGGGAAGAGCAGCAGAGGGAGCAGAGACCGUGAGAGUCAGCGGCCAGUAAGCGACCAGACAGAACCACGACGAAUCCAAGAUGUACUCCCAGCUCUGUCCUGACACCCUGCUGCUCAGCCUACUGCUCCUCUGCAUCCCUGCCACAUACACAGCAAAAUGUCCACCGCAGUGCAUCUGUGACCAGAUCCAGCUCACUGUGACCUGCGUCAACAAGAACCUGACCCAAAUUCCUCCCACUGUUGACGAGAUCACUGUGAAAUUAGAUGUUCGAGGUAACGACAUUCAAGAACUUCCCACCGGGGCUUUCAAACACACUCCCUACCUGACUCACCUGUCGCUGCAGCGCUGCAACAUCCACAGGGUGAAAGAAGGGGCUUUCCGCGGCCUUGGUCGCCUGGUCUUCCUCAACCUGGCCAGCAACAACAUUGACAUUCUCUACCAGGAGUCAUUCGACGGCCUGUCCUCGCUGAAGCAGCUUAUGAUUGACCGUAACCGCGUGGAAGAGAUCCAGCCCGGGGCUUUCUCUCAGCUUGGCUUCCUCAACCUGCUCUCCCUCACACACAACCAGCUGAUCUACAUUCCUAACAUGGCCUUCCAGGGCUUGCAGAACAUCAAAUGGCUUCGUCUUAGUCACAACUCACUGAACUACCUGGAUACUGAGGCCUUCGCUGGUCUGUUCACGCUCACCCGUCUCAGUCUGGACCAUAACGAGCUGCAGUUCUUCCCCAGUGAGACCAUGACCAGACUGCCAGAGGUGACCCGUCUUGAUUUGAGCCACAACCCGAUGACCUACCUUGGAGAGGAGGUGGUGUCCAUGGCCAAACUGACCCACCUCUUCCUGGACCACAUGUCCCUGCAGGACCUGGCCAACUCAGCUGUAUCGAAAUCCCCCAACCUCAUCCACUUGGACAUCAGCUACAACCAGCUGCGUGUCAUCCAGCCCUUCUCUGAAGGUUCACCCAAGCUGGCACGCCUCAACCUUGCUGGAAACCCCAUCUACUGCAACUGCUACCUACGUCCACUCAGGGAGUGGGCAAUCCGUAGCAAGGUGAAGCUGAUUGGGACAUGUGGAGGACCGGCCCAUCUGUCAGGAGAAAGCCUGGAUGCCGUUCAUCCUCCUGAGCUGCGUUGUCAGAGCCAGGAGGCCAUGCUGAAGGCAGAGUUCGAGGAAGCAACCAGGAUCGUGCCACCACCCACUGUAGAGCCAGAGAACAAGGUCAAGUGUCCUGCCAACUGUGCCUGCGAGGCUGAGACGCACCACUCAUCGUGUGAGAACCGUGGCCAUACCAAAGUUCCACGGGGUUUCUCUCCCAACACGCGUCUCCUCGACUUGCGUGGCAACAACUUCCACUACAUCCCAUCCAAUAGCUUCCCCGGUGUUACCCAAGUCGUGUCCCUACAUCUGCAGCGCUGCAAGAUCGUGGAGGUGGAGGGUGGGGCUUUCAGUGGAAUGAAGGGACUGAUCUACCUGUACCUGUCGGAGAAUGACCUCUCUUCUCUCAGCCCUGAUGCUUUUAAAGGCCUCCCACAGCUGACUUAUCUCCACCUGGAGAAGAACCGCUUCACCACUUUUCCCAAAGGAGCCUUCAAACUGGUGCCUAGUCUGCUGGCACUUCACCUGGAGAAUAACGCCAUCACCAAGAUGGAACCAGACAUGUUGACCGGAGCUGAGGGCCUCAGAGCCCUCUACCUCACCGGGAACACCAUUGAUCAUGUGUCACCCAGGGGUCUGGACCAGGCCAAUGACCUCGAUACGCUUCACCUGGGAGGAAACAAGCUGAAGGAGGUGCCCACUGAAGCGCUGAGCAAAGUGCGAAACCUCAGAGACCUGCGGCUGUCGGGGAAUUCAAUUCGCUGGGUGGGGCCAAAUGCUUUUAGACCACUGGGGAGGUCACUGAAGGAGCUGUAUCUGGACAACAUGGGACUGGAGAAGAUGUCACAGAACUCCCUGGCAGGUCUGGGUCCAGGGUUGAGGAGUCUCUUCCUGGAAGGCAACCAGCUAGAGGAGGUACCUAACCUCCACCCUUUCACUUCUCUGGAGGUCAUCAACCUGGCCGACAACCCUCUGAUGUGUGACUGCCCUCUGCUGCCACUACGCAUGUGGAUUGAGAAAGUCAACCUGAAGGUACGAGCCACAUGUGCCAAUCCCCCUGAGCUGAAGGGCCGCAGGGUCAAGGACGUCCACAUCUUCAAAGCCUGUCCUGGGGGCGAGAGCCUCCCCUCCGGCCCUACUGUCACCCCAAAGCCCGCCAAGGCACCCAAGGCAACUAAACCCAAACCAAUGCACCUCAACAGCCUUCGGCAGGUCAAAAUGGUCAAAGCUAAAUCCAAACUUCGCCAAAGUCCCAACACAAAACCAGCAGCAGCCAAGAAAACCUCAAAGGGACGCAGCUUGGCCUGAUAUUGCAGCCUUUUGUACUAAUGUUGAGACCACAACUUCAAGUAAACUGGCAACUGAUUUUGAGGUUAAACCCUGGAUUCAACUCUCUAAAACUGUAACCUCUGCCGACUUUAAAAGCUUUAGCUGCUGAGGCUGUUUCACGUCUCCUCCCAGUCAGUUUUCAAUUAGUCAAUCUUGUGCAGUAUUUCCUCUUUGCAGUCGAAUCAAUGUGUUGAAAAAGGUCAAUAUUUUUUUUUUUUUU